CACAGCGCACCCCUCAGGUCCCGUUCCGCCGGACGCUCCCGGACCGCAUGUGCACCAGAAAGCACCAUGGGCCAGGCGGACCAUCCACCGCCGUACAAUAUUUCGCCGGCGACGGCGACACGUUGAAGCGCCGGUCGACGUCGACGAAAUGGACGUUGCACGGCAAGUCUUCUUCCCGCGCCCUCGAAACCUGAUGCACCACCCCCAGCUGCCAGCCCUCUUCCUUCGACCGCCCGUAAACAUGCGCCCCUUUCAUCUCCGCCGACAAGAAGGAAAAGUGUUCUGUAAGCUGCUGAACGAUAGGAUAGUGGGAGUAUUGGAGAAGGAACAUAGCAUUAGUGAGGGCCAGGCAGGUUUCCGCAAGAAGAGGGGGUGCGUAGACCACGUGUUCACGGUAGGGAGAAUCAUCCAAGGUAGAAAGAGGGCGGGAAAGCCGACGUACUGCUCCUUCGUGGACGUGAAACAGGCAUACGAGACCGCAUGGAGAAAUGGGUUGUGGAAACAACUGUCCAAAUACGGGAUCAAGGGGAAAAUGUGGAGAGUGCUGAAGAAGAUGACAGAGGUCAAAUUCAAGACCGGGGACACAGGUCUUCGAGAACGUCUACAAAGACGAAGGACGGUAGACGACGAAGCCGACGAGUUCAAAUGUGAUUGCGGCUUCGAAUGCGAAGACCGUGUUCAUGUAGUCGCGGAAUGUCCGUUGUACAAGAAGGAGAGGGAAGUGUACGUGGAAGGAGAGGGAAGUGUAGAUGGAACGUACAGGGAGAUGUUUGAGGCAUGGAAUAGAGAGGAAAGGACGGUAGCUGUACUGGGGCANGGAACAAAGCUCAAGGUCAAAUUCAAGACCGGGGACACAGGUCUUCGAGAACGUCUACAAAGACGAAGGACGGUAGACGACGAAGCCGACGAGUUCAAAUGUGAUUGCGGCUUCGAAUGCGAAGACCGUGUUUAUGUGGUCGCGGAAUGUCCGUUGUACAAGAAGGAGAGGGAAGUGUAG